AUGCCCCUCGACACAAUAUACCUCACCCGCCACGGCCACCGUCUCAACUGGACCAUCGACUACAAAACAGGGACCUACAUCUCUCAAUUCCGUACCCCAACCGGCAACCCAGCCGACCCGACCCUCACCUCCCACGGCGUGCGCCAAUCGCACGAGCUAGCGGCUCAUCUGUCCAGCCCGUCAUUUCACCCGAAGCCGUUCCGCGUGUACUCGAGUCCGUUUUAUAGGUGUCUUCAGACUAUUCAGCCGUCUGUUGAGGCGUUGAAGGAGAGGCAGCGGGCAAGGACGAGUGGAGUGGAAGGAGAAGGGAGGAUUGAUGAGCAUGCGGUGUUUGAUGUUAGGAUUGAGAAUGGUCUUGGGGAAUGGUUCGGCCCAACCACCUUCUUCCACCACCCAUCCCCCGCCUCCCCAGGGACCCUCCAAACCCACUUCCCUACCAUCCUAGCCACAGAACCAGAACCCCACACGCAGACCUACAACCCCAUCCUCCACCCCUCCACGCGCGGCGAAACCAUCGCUCAACUCCACGACCGCGUCGCCACGACCCUCUCGGCGCUAAUCGCCGCCGCAGACGCCGAGAUCGCAACCCUAGAAGCCUCCCAGGAUCCGGCGGAUCGGACCAGCAAGGCCCUUCUUAUCUGCUCGCAUGCCGCGCCGUUGAUUGCCAUGGGGAGGGUCUUGACGGGGGAUAUGCCUGAUGAUUCUGGGGUGGAGGAUUUCCAUGUGUUCACGGCGGGGUUGAGUACUUUUGUUCGCAGGAGGGCAGAGGUUGGUGGUGAUGGUGGAGCACUAUCGACAAGGUCAUUAGCGCCCGGAACGCAGGUCGUUCGUGAGGAUGUCAAAGUACCAGAUUGGCAAGGUGGAAGGGGCGUCGGGGGAGGGUGGGAUUGUGUUGCGAAUGGGGAUUGUAGUUUCUUGAGUGGAGGGGCGGAGAGAGGAUGGCACUUCGAUGGCGAUGAAUCGUUUGGUACAGGUCCGAUGGCGCCUGAAUCGGCGUUGCCGACUUCGAGUCAGGAUACGUCGGCGUCGAAUGAGGUUGGGGUUUCGGGGACGACGAAACUAUAG